AGGGAGGUGUCUGAGUGCUGCUGUAGAAACGCACUCAGAGAAACCCUGUCUGAUCGCUAUCUUUAGACAUUGGUCAGGCGCUCUAAAUCUUGCGUUCCAACCAUUUUAAAAACAGGAGGCUUGAACAAAGUCAUGGAUUCAUGGGAAGUGAUGACACGUAAAACAGCAACCGUUUACAUGCUAGGAGAGGGAGUGAGAGGUCGCUGAAGACAUAUCCGGGAAAUAGCUAGUCAACGUUAGCCGUUGUAGCUAACGUUUGAUGUAGCUUUGUUAGCUUGCUUGCUAACUGACAAGUUGGAAAUCAGAAGGCAACACAGUGACGUAUAUGUGUAGCUAGUCUACAAGUUGUUUUGCUCACGUGCUCAUGAGAACGUUUUUAGUAGAAGGGCGUUUGCAUUGAACUUAGUGAUAAUUUACCACUUGUCAUUAUUCUUCCGAAAAUGUCUUCGAGAGGGGGGUACCCAGGUAGUCCAAUGAACCCAAACAUUAACGUUAACCCCAUGACAGCUGGACAUGGAGGCAGCGUGAGAAUGCCACCACCGCCGGCUACAAUGCAACAGAACUCUGGAUUCCGGACCAUGACUAACCCUGCGUCGCAGUACCAUCAGCGCCCGGGCAUGCCGCCCAGCAGAGGGGUGCCCAUGGGCCCCAUGGCGGGACCCGUCCCUGGGCCUUCCUACGGCUCCAGCUUGCCCAUGCGCCCCGGAAUGUCCCCGGUUGCCAUGGACCCUUCGCGAAAGAGGUUCCUCCAGCAGCAGCAGCAGCAGCAUCAGAGCCUGGGAGGGCAGAGACGCAGUGUCAAACGGCGCAAGAUGGCUGACAAGGUUCUCCCACAGAGGAUCAGGGACCUGGUCCCUGAGUCUCAGGCCUACAUGGACCUCCUCGCCUUUGAGCGGAAGCUGGAUCAGACCAUUGCCCGUAAGCGCAUGGAGAUCCAGGAAGCCAUAAAGAAGCCCAUCACGCAAAAACGCAAGCUGAGAAUAUACAUCUCCAACACCUACACACCUGGCAAGCCAGAGGGUGAGGAGGCGGAGAAGGUGGCCUCCUGGGAGCUGAGAGUGGAGGGCAAGCUGCUGGAGGAUCCCGGGAAGCAGAAAAGGAAGUUCUCCUCCUUCUUUAAAAGCCUGGUCAUCGAGCUCGACAAGGAGCUGUACGGACCAGACAACCACCUGGUGGAGUGGCACAGGAUGCCCACCACCCAGGAGACGGACGGGUUCCAGGUGAAGCGGCCGGGGGACAUCAGCGUGAAGUGCACCUUGCUCCUCAUGCUGGAUCACCAGCCCCCGCAGUACAAGCUGGACCCGCGCCUGGCGCGGCUGCUAGGCGUGCACACGCAGACCCGGGCCAGCAUCAUGCAGGCGCUCUGGCUCUACAUCAAGAACAACAAGCUGCAGGACAGCCACGAGAAGGAGUACAUCAACUGCAACCGCUACUUCCGCCAGAUCUUCGGCUGUACCCGCAUGCGGUUCUCCGAGAUCCCCAUGAAGCUGGCGGGCCUGCUGCAGCACCCCGACCCCAUCGUCAUCAACCACAUCAUCAGCGUGGACCCCAACGACCAGAAGAAGACGGCCUGCUACGAUAUAGACGUGGAGGUGGACGACCCCCUGAAGGGCCAGAUGAACAGCUUCCUCUCCUCAACUACCAAUCAACAGGAGAUAGCUGCCCUGGAGAUGAAGAUCCACGAGACUAUUGAGUCUAUUAACCAGCUGAAGACACAGAGGGACUUCAUGCUGAGCUUCAGCAACAACCCUCAGGAGUUCAUCCAGGACUGGCUAAAGUCCCAAUGCAGAGAUCUCAAGUUGAUGACGGACAUUGCGGGCAACCCAGAGGAAGAGAGGCGUACAGAGUUCUACCAAGCGCCGUGGGUCCCAGAGGCUGUGGGCCGUUACACCUUCUCCAAGGUGCAGCAGAGAAGGCAGGAGCUGGAGCAGGUACUCGGAAUCCGACUGACUUGAAGCCCUGGUCUCUCUCGAGGGGGGCUCCCUCCCCUGCUGCCGGCCACCACGUCACCCCCCCACCCACCCCCUCGAGGCCUCGUUCAGCAGGACAAAGGCAGGCAUCUCAAAAGGCCCGCCAUGAUGGUGGUCUUCACAUCAAAGCUGGAAAAUGCAGUCGAGCCCCAGAACCUGAACCGAUCAACAUUUCCGCAGC